AUGGAAGCAUUAGACGAAAUACAAUGGAAAUCGCCUGAAUUUAUUCAGGAGAGAGGAUUAAAUACAAGUAAUGUUUUAGAAUAUUUUGCACUUUCACCAUUUUAUGAUCGUACUUCAAAUAAUCAAGUAUUAAUGAUGCAAUUUCAAUAUCAACAAAUUCAAUUACCUAAUAACAUGAAUUUUUAUCAAUAUUUUCAAUCAAGAUUAUCUGAAAUGACUGGGAUUGAAUUUGUUAUUGCAUUUGUUAAAGAGCCUGAUUUUUGGAUAAUAAGAAAACAAAAAAGAUUUAAUCAACAACAUACUUUUACUAUACAAGAUUAUUAUAUAAUUGGUGCAAAUGUUUAUCAAGCUCCUAAGAUUUAUGACGUUUUAUCUGGAAGACUACUAGCUAAUGUUUUAUCGUUAAGACAAUCGAUAGAUACACUAAAUCAAAUGACAAGCUAUCAUAUAUCAGAUGGUGGUCAUUCAUUCAACAACUCAUUACAUGAAAAAAAUAAUACAAAAAAUCAACCUCAAGCAAUGAAACAGGUGACUACUUUAUCUGAUACUUUACCUAUUACUACUGAUACUCCAAUUUCAAUGACUGAUAGCCCUACAAUUGGACAACCACCAAGUGUAACUUCAAAUACCCCCCAAUUAACAACAAAUACUAUAUCUAGUGCAGCCUUCGAUUUGUUAUUGAAUGAAGUUACGAAUGAAGCCAGCAAUGAGAUUUAUUUGGAUGAUAUACCAUUAUAUGGUAAGGGUAGUACGAUAGAGUUGUUGAAUUUGAAAACUAAUGUAUAA